CCUCAGUCAGCAGAAUAAGGUCCUACCAGCAACACGAGAAGCUUCUUUCCAUUCAGCAGACGAAAUAUGAGCACAUUCUGGCUGUUUCUCUGGAUUUUCCAAACCCUAACAUGUAAAGCUGAAAAGAUCUCCCAGCCAUCUCAAUGUCAGAGGGCUCAUCCAGGUGAUGCCGUGACCCUACAGUGUUAUGUAUUGCCAGAAAUUUUUGCUACACUCUUCUGGCUCAAACAUCCUAUGGAGGGCAGACCCACUUGUCUGGCUGUAGCUGUGACUCACCUGCCUGAAGUGUACUUAUGUGAAGAGCUCCACCAUAAUCCUCGAAUCAAUGUGACCAAGAACAGCUACAGUUUUAAUAUUUCUUUUAAAAGCCUCGAGCCAUCAGAUGCAGCCAAAUAUUAUUGUGGAGCCUUGGCUUACAGUACAGUAAUAAUGGGGAAUGGAACACAGCUCGACUUGAAUGGUCUGGAAACACAAGAAUCUGGAUCCAGUGUGACUGACAAUAAAACUCAAGAUGAAACAAGCAUUUCAGGAAAAGACAAGAUGAAUAACUACCUAGUGCCUGUGCUGGUAGCUACAAACACAGCUUCUGUGGCUGUGAUCCUGGCUGUGAUUCUCUUACUGAAGCAGAGAAGGAUGAAAAAUAAUCACUCCAGAGCUGAUAAUUCUUUAAGCAGAGCAGAUGGAAACUUGAGGGACCAGGGCAUGGACACAAUGAAUUAUUCAACUCUGAACUUCACUCAGAAAAACAAAGCAAGACGAUCAGGCGAUGAUCUGGGUGUGACUUAUGCUACAGUCCGAUGUCAGCAACUCUGAAUUUUCAUUGGGGAUAUUGAUAUACAAAUGGAAACGUAAUUCAGAGAUAAUGGCAUCACUAAUUUCGCAGGAAAAUUCAUGGAGGGAGGUGGUAACUUAAUUAAACCGUGUGUUUAAUAAUAUUGCAUAUAUAAUAAUAGAAGGUCAAUAUCAGAAUUUGACAGUCCCUAAUUUAUGACGUAUGAAGUGCAGUAUAAUGUAUAAUAAAGUGCAGUAUAAUGUUCAGUGUCUAAUGUGUAUGAUGAUAUUUUACACUAACAACAAAGGCUGUUGUAGUGAAUCUGAAACCUUUAUUUUAAACCAUUCAUUGAAAAUAAGUGUAUGUUUCAUCUAGCCGCUAAACAGGUUAUGUAACAGAAUUGUGACGUUUUCCCACCAUUUCUGUACAAAUAUCUGUACUAAUAUUUUAAGUUACUUGAGAAAAUAAAAUUU